CUCGGCGGUGGCGUGGGGGCGGAGCCUUGCUUGCGUUCCUCCUCGGGACUCGGCUCUGCCGGAGCCGGGGGAUUUGCUGCGGCGACUGCGGCCGCGGCGGCGGUGCGGGCCAGAGAUUGGAGUGAACCACAGAUACUUACCGACUACUCUCUGCCAACAUGGGGGAGCUUUUCCGGAGCGAGGAGAUGACGCUGGCCCAGCUGUUUCUACAGUCAGAAGCUGCUUAUUGUUGCGUCAGUGAAUUAGGAGAACUCGGAAAGGUUCAGUUUCGUGAUUUAAAUCCAGAUGUGAAUGUUUUCCAGAGGAAAUUUGUGAAUGAAGUUAGAAGAUGUGAAGAAAUGGAUCGAAAGCUUCGAUUUGUCGAGAAAGAGAUAAGGAAAGCAAACAUCCCAAUUUUGGACACUGGUGAAAACCCAGAGGUGCCCUUCCCCCGAGACAUGAUCGACUUAGAGGCCAACUUCGAGAAGAUUGAAAAUGAACUGAAGGAAAUCAACACCAACCAGGAAGCCCUGAAGAGAAACUUCCUGGAACUGACUGAAUUAAAAUUUAUACUUCGCAAAACUCAGCAGUUUUUUGAUGAGGCUGAAUUGCAUCAUCAGCAGAUGGCGGAUCCAGACCUGUUGGAAGAAUCCUCGUCACUCUUGGAGCCAAACGAGAUGGGAAGAGGCACCCCUUUAAGACUUGGCUUCGUGGCUGGUGUGAUUAACCGGGAGCGGAUCCCUACCUUUGAACGCAUGCUUUGGCGAGUGUGCCGCGGGAAUGUGUUUCUGAGACAGGCUGAAAUCGAGAACCCGCUGGAGGAUCCCGUGACUGGCGACCACGUGCACAAGUCUGUGUUCAUCAUUUUUUUCCAAGGCGAUCAGCUGAAAAACAGGGUCAAGAAAAUCUGCGAAGGGUUCCGAGCCUCCCUCUAUCCCUGUCCUGAGACUCCACAGGAGAGGAAAGAAAUGGCUUCCGGAGUCAAUACCAGGAUUGAUGAUCUCCAGAUGGUUCUCAAUCAAACAGAGGACCACCGCCAGAGGGUUCUGCAGGCAGCUGCUAAGAACAUUCGGGUCUGGUUCAUCAAGGUGCGGAAGAUGAAGGCCAUCUACCAUACCCUGAACCUGUGCAACAUAGAUGUGACCCAGAAGUGCCUGAUUGCAGAGGUCUGGUGCCCUGUCACUGACCUUGACUCCAUCCAGUUUGCCCUUAGACGAGGCACGGAACACAGCGGUUCUACUGUCCCCUCCAUUCUGAACAGGAUGCAGACAAACCAGACUCCCCCAACGUACAACAAAACCAACAAGUUCACAAACGGCUUCCAGAACAUAGUAGAUGCUUAUGGGAUUGGGACUUACCGAGAGAUAAACCCAGCUCCAUACACCAUCAUCACUUUCCCUUUCCUGUUUGCUGUGAUGUUUGGAGAUUUCGGGCAUGGCAUUUUGAUGACGCUUUUUGCUGUAUGGAUGGUGUUGAAGGAGAGCCGAAUCCUCUCCCAGAAGAACGAGAAUGAGAUGUUUAGCACCGUGUUCAGCGGUCGCUACAUUAUUCUUCUGAUGGGAAUAUUCUCCAUCUACACUGGUCUCAUCUACAAUGACUGUUUUUCCAAGUCUCUGAAUAUCUUUGGGUCAUCGUGGAGUGUACGGCCAAUGUUCACUGAAGGGAACUGGACGGAAGAGACGCUUCUGGGAAGCUCUGUUCUCCAGCUGAACCCAGCUAUCCCUGGAGUUUUUGGUGGACCGUACCCAUUUGGCAUUGAUCCAAUUUGGAACAUCGCAACCAAUAAACUGACCUUCCUUAACUCCUUCAAGAUGAAGAUGUCUGUUAUUCUCGGGAUCAUCCACAUGCUCUUUGGAGUCAGCUUGAGCCUUUUCAACCACAUCUAUUUCAAGAAGCCCCUGAAUAUCUACUUUGGCUUCAUUCCUGAAAUAAUCUUCAUGACCUCCUUGUUUGGCUACCUGGUCAUCCUUAUCUUCUAUAAGUGGACAGCCUACGAUGUCCACUCAUCUAAGAAUGCACCAAGCCUCCUGAUCCACUUCAUCAAUAUGUUCCUCUUCUCCUACCCAGAGUCUGGUAAUGCGAUGCUGUACUCGGGACAGAAAGGGAUUCAAUGUUUCCUCAUAGUGGUUGCCAUGCUCUGCGUCCCUUGGAUGCUGCUCUUUAAGCCCCUGAUCCUGCGCCAUCAGUAUUUGCGGAAGAAGCAUUUGGGAACUCUCAACUUUGGUGGGAUCAGGGUGGGCAACGGACCGACAGAGGAGGAUGCUGAGAUUAUUCAGCAUGACCAGCUCUCCACCCAUUCAGAGGACGCAGACGAGCCUACCGAGGACGAAGUGUUUGACUUUGCGGACACCAUGGUCCACCAGGCCAUCCACACCAUCGAGUACUGCCUGGGCUGCAUCUCCAACACGGCCUCCUACCUGCGGCUCUGGGCCCUGAGCCUUGCGCAUGCACAGCUCUCCGAAGUACUCUGGACCAUGGUGAUCCACAUAGGCCUGCAUGUCCGGAGUCUGGCCGGAGGGUUUCUGCUGUUCUUCAUCUUCACCGCCUUUGCCACCCUGACUGUGGCCAUUCUGCUGAUCAUGGAGGGCCUCUCGGCCUUCCUCCACGCCCUGCGGUUACACUGGGUGGAAUUCCAGAAUAAAUUCUACUCCGGGGCCGGUUUCAAGUUCCUCCCCUUCUCCUUUGAGCAUAUCCGGGAGGGGAAGUUCGAUGAGUGAGUCCCUGGCAGGGCGCAUGCCCAGAACUGUUCUCCCCCCCUUGCCUCCACAGGGAUUGUCUGUGUUCCUUUUGCCUGCUGGUUGUGAUCCCUGGAAACCAGGGCAUCUGUGUGACCCCUGCGACCCUUGCCCCAGCUG